AUGCAACGUGUGUCAGGACAAGGUACAUGUGUUGGCACUGUACCUCUUGGGAAAAGAAGUCUAUGUAAUACCAUCACAAAAGCAAAAAAAAAAAUAAAAAAAAAAAUAGCUGAUUGGCUAGUCCCGGCCAAUAACACCAAGUGGAUAUGUUCAAAGGCCGGAAUUACUCCGUGCAUAUCUAUUAAAGAACUUAAGACAAGUGCUGAGUUUUGUAUACAAGUGCUAAUUAUCCCGAGAAUUAUAUAUCACCUUGAGGAAUAUGUUUAUGACCAUCUGACUCCUUCAACCUCGCACCAUGUACAGAAGCGAGAACCUUUUACUGCUUUGACCACAGCUACCCUAUUAGCCAUAGGAGCUGCGGGGGCAGGAACAGGAAUAGCUUCAUUAGUUGAGCAGAAUCAAAAAUUUCACUCCCUUAGAAUUGCAGUGGAUGAGGAUCUUACUCGAAUUGAGAAAUCAAUCAGCGCCUUAGAACAAUCACUGAGUUCAUUGUCGGAAGUAGUUCUCCAAAACCGUAGAGGACUAGACCUCUUGUUUUUACAACAAGGAGGACUAUGUGCCGCUUUGGGAGAAGAAUGCUGUGUAUAUGCAGACAAAACUGGUGUCGUUCGUGGUACCAUGGCCAAACUUCGGGAAGGUUUAGAAAAAAGAAAAAGAGACAGAGAAGCCCAGCAAGGAUGGUUUGAAUCAUGGUUCAACCAUUCGCCAUGGCUAACCACCCUGAUAUCUACCUUGACAGGUCCAGUCGUAAUGAUCAUGGUGGCACUGAUCUUUGGACCCUGUAUACUAAAUAAGCUCGUGUCGUUCGUCAAAAGCCGGCUAGAGAAGGUUAACAUUAUGUUGGUAGAACGCCAACAACUGCUUUAAGAACACGUUUACUCUGUGUUACUCCCAAUUAUCCUUAGUUACCCUAAAUAGCACCCUGUUAUUACUAGUUACCCUCUAAUUUCCACCGGUCCA